AUGGCAAUGAAAAGUAAUGUACCAACAAUACGCAGAUUCCUCUUGAUAUCUGCCCCGCUAUGGUUGAAUCAGGCAUAUGGUUUCACAUAUCCCCGCGGAGGAGCCGAUGAGUUUCCCAGCAGCAUGAGAUCGAAUGACUGGGAACUGGGGGACCGGAAUCCUUCCUUUCCAGACUCUGACAGUGGUGACUAUUCGGACUCGGAUUAUCUUUCAGAUGAUAGCGGUAGUAAUAGGCGAAAAGGAAUGGAGGAUAUGGAGGAUCGGGAUGGUUUUGGUAACGACGACGAUGAUGAGAGAUCAUCUUUCUCGUUUCGUUCGAGUUUUCUGGGGGAUAUGCCAGCCGACAGCAAGGAAACCAUGUACGAAGCUUACAAUCAACUACAUACAUUGGCACAAGAAUAUGCCAAACCAUUCGACGCUCCUGCCGUUGUGGUGGUUGGUCAUCAGUCGUCCGGAAAAUCGGCUCUCAUCGAAGCAUUAAUGGGAUUUCAAUUCAAUCAAGUGGGAGGAGGGACCAAAACACGCAGACCUGUGGCCCUGCGCAUGCAAUACAAUCCAAAAUGCUCCACACCAAAAUGGUAUCUGGUGGGUGAUGAUGGGGUGGAACGGCCCAUGAGCUUGAAAGAUAUUCAAGACUUGAUUGAACGGGAAAACAAACGACUCGAACGAGACCCCAUGAGAUCCUUUGAUCCACGCGAAAUCAACAUUCGAAUGGAAUACAAACAUUGUCCCAACAUGAUCUUGAUUGAUACACCGGGGUUGAUAUCGGCUCCCCGAACUCCCAAAGGGCGGACAUCUUCCAGUACUGCCAUGGCACAGCAACGAGCACUUCAGGCAUCGGCCAAGGAGGCGGAACGUCUUGUCAUUGAAAAGAUGAAAUGUGAGGACUAUAUUAUUCUCUGUGUGGAGGAUACGAGUGAUUGGAAACAUGGAGCUACCCGAGAAGUAGUGCAAAAAGCCGACCCUGAUCUAUCUCGGACUGUCAUUGUCAAUACAAAGUUUGACACCAAACUACCCCAAUUCGGGACACCAUCUGAUGUGGAAGAGUUCCUCAGGGCACAGAUUCUAGACAGGAUUUCUCCUCAUCGGCUGGGUGGUCCGUUCUACACGUCCGUGCCUAGUGGGCGAGUAGGACGAGUCGAUGGUGGUAGUCUGCUAGACCAAAGCAAUUACAUGUACAACAGCGACUCAGCCUUUGUCGCAACCUGCCGAGAGGCCGAAAACACUGACCGAAGAUCUGUGGUGCAGCGACUCAGUCGAAUGAAGUAUUCCAACGAGGUGACGAAUGCGGCCAUCACAUCCAAGAUUGGUCUGGCAAAGCUGCGAACCUUUCUAGAACAGCGUGUGGACGAGUGCUAUCGUAGAAACGUCAACAAAAUCAUUCCCAUGUUGCAAGCAGAGCACAAUGCUGCCGAACGUAGACUCAAGGCUUGUGAAAAAGAAUUGGAAGCCUUGUCUGUGGCUCGCCUCCAAGAAGGCGCCGAGGCAUUUUGCGAUGAUUUCUGUAAGAGUCUCCAAAAGGCAAUGGCAGGUAGUAUCACGGCGCCAGCAAGCAUCUUUGGUGAAACUCUGGGACAAGAGGCUGCUGCAGCUGGGUCUUUUCACAAUGUCAAGAACUACCCAAUGGCGGUUUCGGAUCGAACCUGGGAACGGUUGGUUGAUGCCGAAGUUGGAAACAGAGACCAUCGUCUCUAUGGUGGUGCUCAGUACCAUCGCUCUCUCCGUGAGUUUACCCUUGCUGCCAAGUGUUUGCGUACACCUCUAAUCACAGAGGAUGAGAUUGCCAACGCUGCCGGUGUGGGAACGACGCAUGACGGAGUCAACUUCUUGCACGCCGCCUGUGUCAUUGCACUGGAAAAAGCUCGACAAUCAUUUGAACCAAUGCUGGGCACCUUGGUGGUCCGCAUGACUCACGUCAUGACUCGCCUAUGCUCUGUGACGGAAUACAUGCUGCGAGAGGAUCGAGAUCGAGGCAAGCUAUCAAAUUUUCGAAAGCGCGUCACUGGGGAUGGAAGUGGUGGUGAUGAUGCAUUUCUUGACAGGGCUGAACAGGCCAUGGAUAUCUCCCAAAACCCACAGUUUCGUGAGUUGGUCCGAUCUAUAUUCGAGAACUUUGUAGAGGAAUGUGCAGACAAGGUAAUACUCCAAUGCAAGGACGACGUCAACGCCAUUACCAAAUACGUGACUUGGAAUCUGGAUCAGAGAGGUGUGGGCGCCAUCACUCGCUCCUUGCCGGACCAAACGAAUCUGUUUGCCGUAUAUCAAGUGGCUGUCAAACAAAAGGCAAUCGCAGAACGGGAUGAAAGCAAGUCCCACAACAGCAACAAUAAGAAAAGGAAGGGGAACAAUGCCGUUCUCACUCCCAUUGACAGUCCCAAAAGUGUCGCGCCUCAUGACCCGCACGCCAUGGAUCGUGACUUCAACAACCUGGUUCAAAUUAUCGAGGAGGCUUCCAUGACUCGACAAGCGAACCGUACCAACAUUGUCAUUGGCGGUCUGGUCCAACACAUUGUCAACCACUGGCGAGAGCAGUUUUGCAGAGCAGUCAUUACCAAGUUUAAUUGUUACUUCAUGCUUCCAUUCGUCGAUGACUUCCACAGAUACAUUCGAACUGAACUGCAAAAACUGUACACUGGCACCAGUGGGUUAUCCGACGUGUUUGACCUCUCCGCCGCUCGACGAGCCCUGGAACUCCACCGAGACGAGUUGCAAGGUGAAUGCAUGGCCAAUAAGCAACUUCAAGACAAGUUUCAAAUGUGUGCUCGUAUGAUGAGGAAACAACAAGACGACGAUUUGAUAAAUCGUGUCUCGUCCAAUGCCAAUGCUGCGCCACCGAGGAAACAGUGA